AUGUGGAUUCUACCCUUGGUGGGAUAUAUUGGCGUGGUGGUUGGCUUUGCCUUCCUCACACUGUCCAUUGGUAUGUAUAUGUAUCUGUCGCAAGCUCUAGAGCUCAAGACCAAAACACUAACCUCAAUAGCUUCGGGACUCUACUAUCUCUCCGAACUUGUUGAAGAACACACAGUCCUGGCGCGCCGACUGUUAACCCGUCUGAUCUACGGCAUCAUCGCCGUUCAAAUCCUCUUGAUGCUCAUCGACCGAUUCCCCAUAUCAUUGUCACUGUUGAGCAUUGCCUCGCACCUGGUCUAUGCCAGCAAUCUGCGCCGAUUCCCUAUUGUGAAACUCUCCGACCCGCUCUUCAUCCUCUCCUGUAUUCUAGUCGGACUCAACCACUGGCUAUGGUUCCGUCAUUUCUCGAAGCCCCUCCCCCCAUCGAACAACUGGCGCCAGCCAUACGGAGUCAACUACGAGGAGAUGCCCUCCUUUUCUGAAGUCGCCUCCUACUUCGGAUUAUGCGUAUGGCUGGUACCGUUUGCAUUGUUCGUCAGCCUUAGUGCGGGCGACAACGUGUUACCGACCAUGGGCUCUGCGCAAGUCACAGAUCGUGGGAAUGGCCUCGGCCACAGUCGGGGCCCGUCUGACGGCAAAUCCAAGAACAAGGGAAUGGCCAAGGCGUUGGUGGAUGGGGUUCGAGACUGGGCCCGGGAAAAUGGGGAACUGAUGGGGUUCUGGAGGGGAGAGCAAACCCGACGAUUCUGA